UUUUUUUUUUUAAAUUGACUUUUUUAUAUAUAUAGAAUGGAUGAAGAAAACCUUGGUUAUAGAAACAAAACCAAGGACGCUUCUUCAAGAACCACUGAAGACUAUAUUAGUUCAUCAUCUUCUUCUUCUUCAAUACAAGUUGGAUCUGGUCAUUUAAAUGAUAAUAAAGAUAAUAUUGAUUCUUUUGAACAAACAAGCUUUGAAAAAUGGAAACCAUGGCUCCUUUGGUGGAAUACAGAAGAAUGGAUGGCUUGUUGGAUUGGAUUAAUUAUAUUUGGAGGUGUUACUGCUACUGUACUCAAAGGAAUACCUUGUCCUGUUUUUAAAAGUUGGCAACACAAUCCUUUUAUGACAUUUGCUGACGUGGGAAAUUAUGGUCUAAUUGUAUUAUUCUUCGUUAUGGGUGGUCUAUUAUGGAUAGCAAUGGCUUGUUAUCGACCUUCACAUUGGCAAUUAUUUCCUAUUGGUUAUGUAGUCAUCUUUUUUGUAGCUCUCAUCAGUAAUAUGUUGGCAAGCAAUGCUGUACUCCAUAGUGCAAGUCUUGGGGCAUCCAUUUGGGCUAUUAUUUUAGGAUGUGUUUUGCGCAACCUACUCGGUUAUAUAUAUAAACAUCAAAAUCAACCUUUACCUCAUUGGAUCAAAAUUGCUCAACAAACGGAAUUAUAUAUUGCCAUUAGUUUGGUAUUAUUAUGUAUCGAUAUUGCAGUUUUGAAACCAUUGGCUCCUCGUGCUUUAUUCGUCAGUUGGUUGGAUACUCCUACUCUCUUUAUGGUGGUAGCAUUUAUUGGUUGGCGUUAUUUAGAUAUUGACAAGCAAACAUCUAUUAUCAUGUCUGGUGCUACUUUUAUUUGUGGUUCUUCUGCUGCUAUUGCUCUUGGUUCUGCUAUGGGUGUACCUCAUAAAACAGAUAUGCCUAUUGCCAUUAUUUCUAUUUUCACCAUUCCAAGUAUCAUUGCUCUUCCUUAUAUUGCUAAAAGCCUUGAAUUUGAUCCAAAUGUUGCUGGUGCCUGGUUUGGUGGAUGUGUAGACUCUACUGGCGCUGUGAUUGCUUCUGCUAGUAUUUACAAUGAUCCACAAGCUAUUUCCACUUCUGCCGUUGUCAAGAUGAUGCAAAACGUAUUGAUUGGUCCUCUCUCUGUCAUCAUGGCUUGGCUUUGGUCACAAUAUGAAUUACGACUAGCUCAUUUGGAAGAACAAGAGCGAUUACAACCAGAUGGACAAGAAACAAGUGAUAUACCUUUGGAGAAUAGAAACAAAAGUGAUUUUACACGAUCAAGUAAAACUGUCAAAAAACAAGAAAAAGCAUUGGUCUUGUUAUGGAAACGAUUCCCCAAAUUUGUUCUCGGUUUUAUCAUUACAGCUGUUUUGUUUAAUACUGUGAUUCCUGGUGGUCCUGAUGAACGUGCCAAGGUCAAGGAUUAUUGUUUUUAUGUAUCUGAAUACUUUUCUACUUUGUCUUUUGUCAGUAUUGGUCUGGGUCUCAAGAUGGGUGAACUGAAACAAAAUAUCCGAAGCUUAGGUAAAUUAUGCGUAUUGUAUUUGAUUGCUCAAUUAGUAGAUAUCAUCGUUACUGCUGUGUUGGCCUGGUUAGCUUUCACUAAAAUGUAGAUUUGUAGAUUAUCUAGUAUAGAAUGUAUUUAUUAUUUAUAUCAAUAAAGAAAAAAAAAGAUUUUUGAAUUAAA